UUUUCUGUCACAAAUGUUCGAGAUUUCAAAUGUAAAGCACGUGUUCGUUUUUAAAACGGUUUUCGUUACUUUUAAUUUUUAUCGUUUCAACUAACCGUCGUCGUACAGUGAUCGAAAGCAAUGCCGAAAAAAGAAAACUUACCUGAUUUUCAAGAUUCUCCGCGGAGAUCGUCGAGAUUAAGUCUGAAUUCUGUGCCAUCUUCGAUAAAAACCCGCAGAGGAUCGCAAGAUACGGUGACUUCCACUCCUAAAACGAUGAAAACCAGAAGAUUAUCGCAAAUCCAGGACAACGAAGAGAAGGAGAAUUUGGAGAGGAACGUUUUAAGGAGAAGAGCCUCUCAACUGAUCGAAGAGCCGGAAGAAAAACCGUCGCCGAGGCGACAAACCAAAACGCCCAAACCGGAAGAGAAAGGAGCCGAGGAGCCGAAGAAACGCGGACGAAAACCGUCCAUAACCAAAACAAGAAACGAAGUGGAAGAUGAUAAAGUACAAGACGAAGAACCCAAAACUCGAAUGACAAGAAGAAAUUCCGUUGCCAGGGCCAAAAGUGAAGAGGAGGAAAACGUCCAAGUGGUCGAGACCAGAACGCGAAUCACCAGAAGAAAUUCCAUCGCCAAAAACAACGAAGAAGCGGCGGAAGAGACACCGAAAAAAAUUACCAGAAGCAGAAGAAGUUCUUUGGCAAAGGACGACGAAGGAACGGUACCGAAAAUUACGAGAAGCAGACGAAGUUCCAUCAACAGUGUCGCCGAAGAGAAACCGACCGGUCCCAAAACCAGAAGACGCUCUUCUGUGGCGGAAGAGGAUCGCGAAGAGAAAACCGUGACGCUGACCCCGAUUAAAAUGAAAAAGAAACAGGAGAACUUCGUCGAUCCGAAUUUGAGCGUGAUUUGCGAAUCGGAAGACGACACAAAAGUUUCGCCACGGAGAUCACCGAGAAUCAACAAGAUGGGAGGAAGCGCGAAGAAAGAAUCGCCGUCGAAACGUUCGUUGAACACCAGCGAAAACGAAGAGUCCCCCAAAAAGAAAAAGACCGAAGAAAAUAGUGAAGAUGCGACCGAAAAGAGUGCAGAAGAAGAAACCAGAAAAAAUUUGGAAGAGGUCGUCUUCGUAUUGAACGAAGAGUUUGUCGAUAAAAAAGAACAACUGAAAUCGAUGAGUGACGAUUACGAAUUUCAACUUUCCGAUGAAGAGGAAUCGAAGAACGAUCAAGUUUUGGCCGACAAAAACGAAGAAAAAGUUAAAGAACAAGAGGAAAACGAACCACCUAAAGAGACGACGAAGGUUCCGACCAAAGAAAAUGAAAAAUCAGAUGUAGAAAUCGAUUCCGAUUUGGAGGCCAAGUUGCUGGAAGAAGACAGUUGUGAAAUGUCUAAAUUACGCUUGGAAGAAACGGUUUUAGAAGAAAAAUUAAAUAAAUCUUCGGAAAAUAAUAUAAAUGGCGAUUUAGAAGACAGCGACGAUGAAGUGGAAUUCAAUUUCAAAAACAGAGGAAAUAAAUCAAAAGAUACAUCACCGAAAUUGGGACGGACCGAACAGGAUUCGGAAAAUUCAGCAAAAAUUGAACAAAACCAAAUACAACCAGCUGUUAAUUCAUCAACAAUCGAGCUGUCUCCCGAAACAAAAAAGAACGAUAAUCGCAGAUCGUCGGGCAAACGUACUUCCCUUAAUUCGUCCAAGUUAGAAUCGGAAAGAAAGGAUUCUGAUUCCGUGGUGACGUCGAAAGUAGAAGAAAACGAAGAACAAAACAGUCCAACUAGUUUGUCUUUAAAUUCUUCACAAUCAGAAGAAAACUCAAAAAAAUUAGGCGACGAACACAACAAACGUGUUUCUUUGAAUUCGUCCAAAUCAGAAGAAACAUCUACUGUGGGAAGUGGGACUGGCGAAACGUUGAAUUCUUCAAAAAUAGAAAUAACCACAAGCUGUUCCGAAGUGCAAGAAGAAAAAAUAUCAACCAAUUCAGAAGAAAAUUUAGAUAAAAAUGAAGAAGCACAAGAAACCUUGAUUAACCGAUCAAACUUGAAUAAACUUUCAUCAGAUGACAAUACCGAGGAAGAAUCAAAAGAACAAGCCAAUCCAGAAGAAAUUACCUCUUCCAAAGCCGAAGAAGGUGACGAAGAAAUUAAUCGUGCGGAGGAUCCCGAAGAGAAGGGAGUCAGUCUGAACACCUCAAAAUUGGAAUCGACGACUAGGAAGAGCUUGAAUUCGUCGAAAUCAAUAUUAAAUUCACCGAAACAGAACGGCGAGACUUGCGCGUCUUUAAAUUCCUCAAAAUUGAUAGAGAACAAUCGAGUAGAAGUAGAAAUAGAAGAAAUAAAAAAACGUGAUUCUCCAAACUCAUCAAAAACAGAAGAAAAAUCUACUACUUCUGAAACAGAAAAAGAUACGUUCAAAAAGCCGUCGAAUAUAGAAGAAAAUCUAGAAGACAGCAGCGAAGAUGAAGAUUACGAACCGGCAAACUUAUCGAAACUGGAAGACGGUCUUUCGUCUGGAACGGAAAAUGAAGGAGAAGAAGAAUCGUUCAUGAACAAAUCAAACUUGGAGAAAAACUCGACGGGCGGCAAAAACGAAAAGAGAAUCAGAAAACAAACAAAUGUAGAAGAACUUGCCACUUCUAAAGUCGAAGAAUACUUCAAGAAUAAAUUGGAAGAGAGUGAUGAUGACGAAGAUUCUGAUGAAGAAAUGGAUCAAGAAGUGUCUUGUGAAGAUGAGAAAGUUAAAGAGACGAGAAUCAGUUUGAACUCUUCAAAAUUGGAAGGAACCACCAGGAAGAGCUUGAAUUCGUCAAAGUCAAAAGAAAUCUCGCCGAAACAGAAAGAAAGUCGUCCAUCUUUAAAUUCCUCAAAACCGGUGGAGGGCAAUGGAAAAGUGGAAGAAGCCAAGAAACGUGAUUCUUUAAAUUCAUCAAAAACAGAACAAAAAUCUACCAGUUCCGAAACAGAAGAAGGCGUAUUCAAAAAACCAUCAAAUAUAGAAGAAAAUCUAGAAGAGAGCAGCGAAGAUGAAGAUUACGAACCGGAAAACUUGUCGAAACUAGAAGACGGUCUUUCGUCUGGAACCGAAAAUGAAGGUGAAGACGAAUCGUUCAUGAACAAAUCAAACUUGGAAAAAAAUUCAACAGACGCCAAAAACGAGAAGAGAAUUAGAAAACAGACCAAUAUUGAAGACUUUGCCACUUCCAAAGUCGAAGAAUACUUCAAGAAAAAAUUGGAAGAGAGUGACGGGGACGAAGACUCAGAUCAAGAAAUGGAUCAGGAGGAGGUUUCUGAAGAGACAACAGCCAGUCUGAACUCUUCCAAAUUGGAAGAAACAACUAGGAAGAGCUUAAAUUCGUCGAAAUCAAUAGAAAAUUCUUCGAAACAGGACGGCAAAACUCCCACGACAUCUCCAAAUUCUUCUAAACUGGUAGAGAACAAUGAAAAAUUAGAGGAUACUAAGAAACGUGAUUCUUUAAAUUCAUCAAAAACGAUAGAAAAAUCUGCUGCUUCCGAAACACAAGAAAGCACAUUGACAGAAAAGUCAAAUAUAGAAGAAAAUCUAGAAGAGAGCGGUGAAGAUGAGGAUUACAAUCCGGCAAACUUAUCGAAACUAGAAGACGAACUUUCGUCUGGAACCGAAAAUGAAGGAGAAGAAGAAUCGUUUAUGAACACGUCAAACUUGGAGAAAAACUCGACGGACGGCAAAAACGAAAAGAGAAUCAGAAAGCAGACCAAAGUAGAAGAACUCGCCACUUCCAAAGUCGAAGAAUACUUCAAGAACAAAUUGGAAGAGAGUGACGAUGACGAAAACUCUGAUGAAGAAGCGGAUCUAAAGGUUUCUUCUGGUCAAGAUGAGAAAGUCGUUGAAGAGAAGAAAGUCGGUCUGAGUUCUUCUCCAAAAUUGGAAGGACCAACCAGAAAGAGCUUGAAUUCGUCAAAAUCAAAGGAAAUUUCACCAAAACAGAAAAAAACUCGUGCAUCUUUAAAUUCUUCAAAUCUUGUAGAGGACAAUCGCAAAAUAGAAGAGGCCAAGAAACGUGAUUCGUUAAAUUCAUCAAAAACAAAACAAAAAUCCAUCAGUUCCGAAACGGAAGAAAAUGCGUUCAAAAAACCAUCAAGUAUUGAAGAAAAUCUAGAAGAAAGUACCGAAGAUGAGGAUUAUGAACCGAACAACUUAUCGAAGAUAGAAGACGACGGUCUUUCAUCUGGAACCGAAAAUGAAGGAGAUGAAGAAUCGUUCAUGAACACAUCAAAUUUGGAAAAAAAUUCGACAAAAGACAAAGUCGAAAAGAGAACUAGAAAACAGACAAAUGUAGAAGAACUCGCCACUUCCAAAGUCGAAGAAUACUUCAAGAACAAAUUAGAAGAGAGUGAUGAUGCCGAAGAUUCAGAUAAAGAAACGGAUCGAGAGGUUUCUUCUGAUGGUCAGAAAAUUGAAGAGAAGAGAAUCAGCCUGAACUCUUCGAAAUUAGAAAAAAACAGGAAAAGUUUGAAUUCUUCAAAAACGUGUGAGAGCGUGUCGAGAUCUGAACAAAACUCACCAAACUCGUCAAAAUUGAAGGAAACAAGAAAGAGUUUGAACUCAUCGAAAUCACGAAAAGAACAAAAUUCCGAACCGGAAGGCGAAGAAUUGAUCUUCAACCUGGAUUCUUCACAGAAUUCGGACGUCGAACAAAAUUGUUCGCUCGAUGUUCUAUCGAAAAAAUCACUUGUAGACGAAAGCGACGACGACGAAGACUUUAAUCCCGAUUUGGAAAAUGGCGACAAAUCGGAGGAGGAAAAUUAUGAAGAGACCGAUUUGGAAGAGAGCGUUUUGUUGGUGCAAGAAACCGAGGAGAUGUUGAAGAACGAAAAUUUAGACGUGAAGCGUUCUAAAAGGAUCAAACUUGAUUUGGGAGAAGGAAUUGAAAACAAAUGCGAAGAGGUGAAGAGAUCGAAACGAAUGAAAAUGGAUGACGAAUCGGAAGCGAGUGUACAAAAGAAACUGUUGGACAUUUCCGGUUCUGGAAGUGGAACUGAAAAUGGAAGAAAAUCUUUGAACUCAUCCAAAUUGGAAGAAAGCUUUACCGCUGAAGUUGAAGAGAACACACAAAAGCCCAAUAAGAAAAAGUCAAGAAAAUCUUUAAAUGAAGUGGAACCUAAAGAGUGCACGGAAGAGGAGGAACCUGCUAACAAGUCCGGAAUAUCCACAAAAUUGGAAAGAAAAUCACUCGAGAAAAGAGGUAAAAAAUCCAGAAAUUCGCAGAUCACUGAAGAAAUUUCGAACGCAGCGGACCCAUCCGGAAGGAAAUCUUCGAAUGUUGAGGAAACCGAAUCGACAACAACCAACUCCUCAAGUCCCGUAAAAGAGAAAUCUACAAAACUGCAAGAAAUCGAACGCGAUUCGCAAUCGAAACUCGACAUGCUUCUGCAAAACGGUCCGAUCGAAUCGGAAGAAGAUCUCGAAGAAGAAAGUGAAAGAGAAGAAGAGGAGGAAGCAAACGAAUUUCUCGAUACGGAAGCGAUGGAAAAGAACGAAGAGUCCGAAGUCGAAACGGACGAAAACGAAAUAAUCGACGAUGGCGAAUCGGUCGGUUUUUCCUCUUCCGACUCGGUCGAUUCACAAGACGAUUACGAUAUGGACGAUUCUUUCAUUUGUAAUUCGGAAAGCGAAGAGCUCCUAUCGGGCGACGAAAAUUAUCUGGCAGAUGAUAAAAAGGUUGAGAAGAAAAAAAAGAAGAAAAGUCGAAUUAUCACCGUUGAAGAAUCCAGCGAUGAAGAGUUCGAAGUGUUCAAACAAGAAUUAGAGAAGGGAAUUGAGGAAAAAAAAGAUACGACCAACGACGAAAAGCGUUCGCCGCCACAAGUUUCGCAGCAGGGUAACGAAAAAAGGACCAAAAAACGUUCUUCGAAAGAUCUAGAGAAAGACGGAGGAGAACAAGAAGAAGUAGAAGAAGGAAGCCCGCGAGAGUCACCGAAAAAACGUCGAAGUUCAUCGAUAAACAUACAAGAAAACAUCAAAGUCGAAGAGAUUAAGGAAGCUGCGUUGAGCGAAAGAAUCAAUCUGGUUGUCGAAAGUUUUUGCAGUUCCGUUCAAAAGGGUGAAAUAUCGAUGAACUUGUCGCUCCAAUAUGACGAAGAACCGAAGACGAAAAAAUUAAAGAAACGCAGAAGCAAAAGUUUAGAAACGAAAACGGUCCGACGAAAAGAUACGUUCGGCAUUUUGGGCAAAGAGUUGUUAACGGAUGUGAAAAAUAGACCGAAACGUUUGUUGAAACCGUCGGUUUCAGCCGCCGUUUCGCACUGGAAAAGCGAAAGUAUUGCAGUAAAACCUUCCACUUCGCAAUUAACAAGAACGGAACGAGAUACAGGACUCGAAAGGAUUCACAAGAAAGAUUUUAAAAAUCAAAUGUUGUACGAUUCGAAACGUGUUAAAAGAAUUGAUAGUGCCAGUUUGAUUAAGAAAAAACUUGUUAAAUAAUUGAUUUAUUUUAAUGUUUUUUUUUUUGUAUGAGAAAGGCUGAGUUUUAUUUAUUAUUAUUAUGAUUACAUGUGUAUUUGAUAUAUAAGUGUUUUAAGAAUUUAAUAAAUUCAUUUUUAUGA